AUGGGUGCUCUUCACUCCACAUUUCUCUACCUGAUUUUCUUACAUUCAUUCAACAUUCUUGCUUACAAGGAUCAAGAAUGGAACAAAGGCACUGCAACUUACGCCAAAGACACAGAGGGAUCCCUCAUUACAGAAGGAGCAUGUGGCUACGGAGAUCUUCACAAAGCUAGCUAUGGAAAACACAGUGUUGGAUUAAGCACAAUUUUGUUCAACAGAGGAACUACAUGUGGAGCUUGCUACGAGAUCAGAUGUGUUGACCAUAUCUUGUGGUGUGUGCUUGGAAGCCCUUCUGUCAUUGUUACCGCCACUGAUUUCUGUCCUCCUAAUUAUGGUCUCUCAGUUGAUUACGGUGGCUGGUGUAACUUUCCAAGACAACAUUUUGAGUUGUCACAACCUGCAUUUUCUGAAAUUGCCAAAACAAAAGCCGAUAUUAUCCCGGUUCAGUAUAGAAGAGUGAAGUGUGAACGAAGUGGUGGGAUGAAGUUCACAAUGAGUGGAAGUUCUCAUUUCUAUCAAGUCCUAAUUACUAAUGUAGGGCUAGAAGGUGAAGUGUUUGCUGUGAAAGUGAAGGGAUCUAGAACAGGAUGGAUACCAAUGGCAAGGAAUUGGGGAAUGAAUUGGCACUGCAAUGUCAACCUUCAACAUCAGCCUUUGUCCUUUGAGGUAACCAGCAGCACGGGAGAAACACUCACAUCUUACAAUGUAGCACCAUCAAACUGGCAAUUUGGACAGACAUUUCAAGGAAAACAAUUUUAA